AUGUGCAAUACGAACGCUAAGAAUUAUAUUACUUCCUACAGAGCGGGUCAUAAAUUGAUACCCAAAGUGCCGUUUGAAAGCAAUGUAUCAUCACUGGACGCCGGAUUUGGAUCGAUGCCUAAUAACCCAGAGUUGAAGCAAUGGAAUUAUGAUACUUCGACAAAAGUCCAUUAUGGUUUUAAAAUUAAUACCAUGGACCCUAUGCACAGAUCUAUGAAAUUAUAUGCUGACCAAAUUCAUUACAUCAUGCCUCAAUUGGAAAAAUAUUGGUCAAAUCCUCCAAAAUCAAUGAUCGUACCACCAACCGAGUACAAUGAUAGAUAUAUACAACCAAAGCUGAUGUCAAACAUCAAACAGAUACCUGCAACAAUGAAUUGUGUUCAGCCAACUCCAGUUGCUCCCAAACACCUUGGAACAGUACAAACACUAAAAGUUAGUGAAGCUGGAGCAGUUAGAAAAGUAGACCCGUACGUUAGUACUCAAAAGUUAGAUUACAUUGAAAUAAAUCCAGAUAUAGCAAAACAAAUUAACUCUAAACAUUCAAAAUUACAAAACAUUAAGACAAUGUACAAGCCGUUUUACAAUGAACCAAUAUUCAAUCGAAAGAAUACUAUACGUUUAUUACCAAACACUUUAAAAUAUGUUCCACACAAUUGCCUCAUAUCUGAAAUGAGAGCAUCGUUUAAAAAACCAUCUCAUACAUCAACAUUUGUUGAUACUGGUGUAGAAAUGCCCUUAUCUAUUUCAAGGAAUCCAACUUUGUCUCAAAUAUUGGCUGUACCUGGGAUGUACACAACGGAAUACUCAAUAAUUGGUGGAAAUUAA